GUUUAUGUCCUUAAAGUUUCAGUGUCAUCACUUUAGUAGCUUUAGUUUGAGUUUUUAAAUGUUUGGUGAUAUUCCAACAAAUAUUUUUUAAGACAUUAUGAAACCUUAUGAAGUGCCAUAUAUUACAAGUGAGAGAAAACAGCAAGCAAAAGAAGGUUUGCAGAAGGUUGUUAAGUGGCGAAGUGCGGGCCUGCCCAUUUUGGUGUCUCCUUGGUGGUUACUCCUGAGAAGGGCCUGGAGGAAGAGCAACCGAGGCCUAAUCUACAGGCAACUGCCAAACUGUUUCAGCUGACAUUUUUUCCCUCUCAUGUUUGACUAUGAUAAAUAGGUAGAUGCCAAAGGAGUCUUCAGCCAACCACCUGGUAAUAAACUGUUAAAAAUGGUGCAAACCCUAGGUCACAGGUGUGGGGGCCAUUUGUCUUGCCUGUUAACAGUCCUGGCCUUAAUUCUUUUCUCUCAUGGCCAUUUCUGCCUUUGGGGAACUCACAAUUCCUGUUGACUAAAAGAGCACCCUUUUCCACCACAAGCCUGACAAAUCAGACGUCCACAUAAUUUCUGAACUCAUUUUGGUUAGGACAGGAAGCACAGGCUCCCUUCCUGUCUGUGUUUUCCUAAGAGAAAACGGUCUUCCCUCCUUUUUUGCAUAUUUGGCAAGUGGUUCCACCUUUCUCUGCACCCUGGUGGAGUGUGAAGGCAGCAGAGGAACCUUUUGGAGGAGGAAGAGGACACAGAGGCCCUGUAGCCAGGCACCAAGAUCCCUCCCAGGUGGCUGAGUCUGAGGGGAACUCCGAGCAGCCCUAGGUCCUCAAAGUCUGGAUUUGUGUGGAAAAGGCAGCUCUCACUUGGCCUUGGCGAGGCCUCGGUUGGUUGAUAACCUGAGGACAAUGGAUGCUGAUGAGGGUCAAGACAUGUCCCAAGUUUCAGGGAAGGAAAGCCCCCCUGUAAGCGAUACUCCAGAUGAGGGUGAUGAGCCCAUGCCGAUCCCCGAGGACCUCUCCACCACCUCGGGAGGACAGCAAAGCUCCAAGAGUGACAGAGUUGUGGUUACAUAUGGGGCUGAUGACUUUAGGGAUUUCCAUGCAAUAAUUCCCAAAUCUUUCUCUCCCAGUAAUGUUAAAGUAGAGACUCAGAGUGAUGAAGAGAAUGGGCGUGCCUGUGAAAUGAAUGGGGAAGAAUGUGCGGAGGAUUUACGAAUGCUUGAUGCCUCGGGAGAGAAAAUGAAUGGCUCCCACAGGGACCAAGGCAGCUCGGCUUUGUCAGGAGUUGGAGGCAUUCGACUUCCUAACGGAAAACUAAAGUGUGAUAUCUGUGGGAUCAUUUGCAUCGGGCCCAAUGUGCUCAUGGUUCACAAAAGAAGCCACACUGGAGAACGGCCUUUCCAGUGCAAUCAGUGCGGGGCCUCCUUCACCCAGAAGGGCAACCUGCUCCGGCACAUCAAGCUACAUUCCGGGGAGAAGCCCUUCAAAUGCCACCUCUGCAACUACGCCUGCCGCCGGAGGGACGCCCUCACUGGCCACCUGAGGACGCACUCCGUUGGUAAACCUCACAAAUGUGGAUAUUGUGGCCGAAGCUAUAAACAGCGAAGCUCUUUAGAGGAACAUAAAGAGCGCUGCCACAACUACUUGGAAAGCAUGGGCCUUCCGGGCACACUGUACCCAGUCAUUAAAGAAGAAACUAAUCACGGUGAAAUGGCAGAAGACCUGUGCAAGAUAGGAUCAGAGAGAUCUCUCGUGCUGGACAGACUAGCAAGUAACGUCGCCAAACGGGACAAGGGCCUGUCCGACACGCCCUACGACAGCAGCACCAGCUACGAGAAGGAGAACGAAAUGAUGAAGUCCCACGUGAUGGACCAAGCCAUCAACAACGCCAUCAACUACCUGGGGGCCGAGUCCCUGCGCCCGCUGGUGCAGACGCCCCCGGGCGGCUCCGAAGUGGUCCCGGUCAUCAGCCCGAUGUACCAGCUGCACAAGCCGCUCGCGGAGGGCACCCCGCGCUCCAACCACUCGGCCCAGGACAGCGCCGUGGAGAACCUGCUGCUGCUCUCCAAGGCCAAGUUGGUGCCCUCGGAGCGCGAAGCGUCCCCGAGCAACAGCUGCCAAGACUCCACGGACACCGAGAGCAACAACGAGGAGCAGCGCAGCGGCCUCAUCUACCUGACCAACCACAUCGCCCCGCACGCGCGCAACGGGCUGUCGCUCAAGGAGGAGCACCGCGCCUACGACCUGCUGCGCGCCGCCUCCGAGAACUCGCAGGACGCGCUCCGCGUGGUCAGCACCAGCGGGGAGCAGAUGAAGGUGUACAAGUGCGAACACUGCCGGGUGCUCUUCCUGGAUCACGUCAUGUACACCAUCCACAUGGGCUGCCACGGCUUCCGUGAUCCUUUUGAGUGCAACAUGUGCGGCUACCACAGCCAGGACCGGUACGAGUUCUCGUCGCACAUAACACGAGGGGAGCACCGCUUUCACAUGAGCUAAAGCCCUCCCGCGCCCCCACGCCCGACCCCGAGCCACCCCAGGAAAAGCACAAGGACUGCCGCCUUCUCGCUCCUGCCAGCAGCAUAGACUGGACUGGACCAGACAAUGUUGUGUUUGGAUUUGUAACUGUUUUUUGUUUUUUGUUUGAGUUGGUUGAUUGGGGUUUGAUUUGAUUUUGAAAAGAUUUUUAUUUUUAGAGGCAGGGCUGCAUUGGGAGCAUCCAGAACUGCUACCUUCCUAGAUGUUUCCCCAGACUGCUGGCUGAGAUUCCCUCACCUAUUGCUUCCUAGAAUCCCCCUCUCCAAACGAUUAGUCUAAAUUUUCAGAGAGAAAUAGGUAAAACACGCCACAGCCUGGGAAGGAGCGUGCCCGACCCUGUGCUAAGCACGGGGUUUGCGCACCAGGUGUCUUUUUCCAGUCCGCAGAAGCAGAGAGCACAGCCGCUGCUGUGUGGCUCUGCAGGUGAGCAGACAGGACAGGUGUGCUGCCACCCAAGUGCCAAGACACAGCAGGGCCAACAACCUGUGCCCAGGCCAGCUUUGGGCCACAUGCAUCUAGGGCGGAGAGGCUGCGCUUUUGAGAGAAAAUACUAUUUUAAGUCAUAUUCUGCGUAGGAAAAUGAAUUGUUUGGGGAAAGUCGUGUCUGUCAGACUGCCCUGGGUGGAGGGAGACGCCGGGCUAGAGCCUUUGGGAUCCUCCUGGAUUCGCUGGCUUUGCGGAGGCUGCUCAGAUGACCUGAGCCUCCCGAGGCUUGCUGCCCCAUAGGAGGAGCCUGUCUUCCUGUGGGCAUAUCUGGGGAGCCCUGUUCCCCGCUUUUUCACUCCCAUGCCUUUAAUGGCCCCCAAAGUCUGUCACUACAAUUUAAACACCAGUCCCGAAAUCUGGAUCUUAAUUCUUUUUGAAUCUCUCAAACGGCAACAUUCCUCAGAAACCAAAGCUUUAUUUCAAAUCUCUUCCUUCCCUGGCUGGUUCCGUCUAAUACCAGAAGCCUCUUUUCCUGAAGAAAUCCAAUCCUAGCCCUCAUUUUAAUUAUGUACAUCUGUUUGUAGCCACAAGCCUGAAUUUCUCAGUGUUGGUAAGUUUCUUUACCUACCCUCACUAUAUAUUAUUCUCGUUUUAAAACCCAUAAAGGAGUGAUUUAGAACGGUCAUUAAUUUUUAGCUCAAUGAAAUAUGUGAAGCCCAGCAUCUCUGUUGCUAACACACAGAGCUCACCUGUUUGAAACUAAGCUUUCAAACAUGUUGAAGCUCUUUACUGUAAAGGCAAGCCAGCAUAUGUGUCCACACAUACAUAGGACGGCUGGCUCUGCACCUGUAGGAUAUUGGAAUGCACAGGGCAAUUGAGGGACUGGGCCAGACCUUUGGAGAGUAAUGCCACCAGAUCCCCUAGCAAAGAGGAGGCAGGUGGCACUGCAGGUGAGAACCCCACCCAUCCGUGCUAUGACAUGGAGGCACUGAAGCCCGAGGAAGGUGUGUGGAGAUUCUAAUCCCAACAAGCAAGGUUCUCCUUCAAGAUUAAUGCUAUCAUUAAGAUCAUUACUCUCAACCACCUAGGCAAUAAAGAAUAUACCAUUUCAAAUAUUUACAAUACUUGUCUUCACCAACACUGUCCCAAGGUGAAAUGAAGCAACAGAGAGGAAAUUGUACGUAAGCACCUCAGCAUUUAAUCCAAACAGGGGUUCUUAGUCUCAGCACGAUGACAUUUUGGGCUGAAUACUUAUUUGUUAGGCGGGAGCUCUCCUGUGCAUUGUAGGAUAAUUAGCAGUAUCCCUGGUGGCUACCCAAUAGACGCCAGUAGCACCCCAAAUUGACAACCCAAACUCUCCAGACAUCACCAACUGUCCCCUGUGAGGAGAAAUCACUCCUGGUGGAGAACCACUGACCCAAAUGAAUUCUCAACCAAUCAAAUGUCUGGGAAGCCCUCCAAGAAAAAAAAUAGAAAAGCACUUGAAGAAUAUUCCCAAUAUUCCCAGUCAGCAGUAUCAAGGCUGACUUGUGUUCAUGUGGAGUCAUUAUAAAUUCUAUAAAUCAAUUAUUCCCCUUUGGUCUUCAGAAAUAUAUUUCCUCAUAAACAUUUGAGUUUUGUUGAAAGGAUGGAGUUUACAAAGAUACCAUUCUUGAGUCAUGGAUUUCUCUGCUCACAGAAGGGUGUGGCAUUUGGAAACUGGAAUAAACAAAAUUGCCACACCAAUGCACUGAGUGAAGGAAGAGAGAGAGAGGAGCAAGGGCUUUAGACAGCACUCCUUCAAUAUGCAGUCACAGAGAAAGAUGCGCCUUAUCCAAGUUAAUAUCUCUAAGGUGGGAGCCUUCUUAGAGUCAGUUUGUUGCAAAUUUCACCUACUCUGUUCUUUUCUAUCCAUCCCCCUGAGUCAGUUGGUUGAAGGGAGUUAUUUUUUCAAGUGGGAUUCAAACAAAGCUCACACCAGAACUGUAAAUAGUGGUUGCAGGAAUUCUUUUCUAAACUGCUUUGCCCUUUCCUCUCACUGCCUUUUAUAGCCAAUAUAAAUGUCUUUUUGCACAUCUUUUGUUGUGGUUUUAUAUUGUAACACCAUUUUUCUUUGAAACUAUUGUAUUUAAAGUAAGGUUUCAUAUUAUGUCAGCAAGUAAUUAACUUAUGUUUAAAAGGUGGCCAUAUCAUGUACCAAAAGUUGCUGAAGUUUCUCUUCUAGCUGGUAAAGUAGGAGUUUGCAUGACCUCACACUUUUUGUUGCGUAGUUUAUUCUGUUGUAUGAUGGCGUGAGUGUGUGUCUUGGGUACCGCUGUGUACUACUGUGUGCCUAGAUUCCAUGCACUCUCGUUGUGUUUGAAGUAAAUAUUGGAGACGGGAGGGUAACCCAUAACAGGUUGGCCUGUUGAUUACAGCUAGUAAUCGCUGUUUCUUGUUCCUCCCCCUCCCUUACACCCCAGCUUCCCAGGAUGUGGAAAGCCUGGAUCUCAGCUCCUUGCCCCAUAUUCCUUCUGUAAUUUGUACCUAAAGAGUGUGAUUAUCCUAAUUCAAGAGUCACUAAAAAUCAGCACAUUAUCAUUGCAUAUCAGCAAAGGGUAAAGUCCUAGCACCAAUUGCUUCACAUACCAGCAUGUUCUAUUUCCAAUUUAGAAUUAGCCACAUAAUAAAAUCUUAGAAUCUUCCUUGAGAAAGAGCUGCCUGAGAUGUAGGUUUGUUAUAUGGUUUUCCCCCCCUAUUUUUGUGCUUUUUUCUUGUUUUGUUUUGUUUUGACUGCACUGUGAGUUUUGUAGUGUCCUCUUCUUGCCAAAACAAACGCGAGAUGAACUGGACUUAUGUAGACAAAUCAUGAUGCCAGUGUAUCCUUCCUUUCUUCAGUUCCAGCAAUAAUGAAUGGUCAACUCUUUUAAAAUCUAAAUCUCUCUCAUUCAUUUCAAUGUAUUUUUACUUUAAGAUGAACCAAAAUUAUUAGACUUAUUUAAGAUGUACAGGCAUCAGAAAAAAGAAGCACAUAAUGCUUUUGGUGCGAUGGCACUCACUGUGAACAUGUGUAACCACAUAUUAAUAUGCAAUAUUGUUUCCAAUACUUUCUAAUACAGUUUUUUAUAAUAUUGUGUGUGGUGAUUGUUCAGGUCGAAUCUGUUGUAUCCAGUACAGCUUUAGGUCUUCAGCUGCCCUUCUGGCGAGUACAUGCACAGGAUUGUAAAUGAGAAAUGCAGUCAUAUUUCCAGUCUGCCUCUACUAUGAUGUUAAAUUAUUGCUGUUUAGCUGUGAACAAGGGAUGUACCACUGGAGGAAUAGAGUAUCCUUUUGUACACAUUUUGAAAUGCUUCUUCUGUAGUGAUAGAACAAAUAAAUGCAACGAAUACUCUGUCUGCCCUAUCCCGUGAAGUCCACACUGGCAUAAGAGAAGGCCCAGCAGAGCAGGAAUCUGCCUAGACUUUCUCCCAGUGAGAUCCCAGUAAGAGAGGGAGAAGAGAUGGGCCUCAGGACAGCUGCAAUACCACUUAGGAACACAUGUGGUAUCUUAAUGUGGCCAGCGCAGCAGUUCAGCGCAACAUACCUCCCAUCUACAACAGUGCUGGACGUGGGAAUUCUAAGUCCCAGUCUUGAGGGACUAGGCACAAAAGACACACUCAAGGGAUUGAGCAAUUGGUAAAAGACCUGGAGGAAGUUCUCAGACAACCAAGACAGAAACUCCACAUUCCUCCAAAGCCCAGGAAAUCCUUCGCAAAACUUCUGGCCUUUUCUCUGCACCAGAACCCAGAAUGGGCUGGCACAGUGUUGCUGUGUGGAGCUGAAGGCAAAAUGUUGCUGUUGCCUGCACAGAUCUGUCUUCUCUGACUUUUUGCAAAUCAUCCGCCCCUAACUUCCUCUAAGGAGGCAGAAAGGGAUUCCCCGUGGCUCUUAGAAUAGCAACACUGCCCUCAGCAUCCUAGGCUCCCACUGGCUUCUCCUGCCAUUAAACAGGCCUGAGC